AUGAGACAGUUGGCUGAGACAGCAGUCGGGGUUCGUGAAAUGAGUAAGCAACUCGGUGACGUUCUUAUCGUAACCAAGGCCAGGGAUAACCGCCUUAUCAAACUGACGCGCGAGCUUGCGUUGUAUCUGAUGCUCAAACAUCGUCAAGGGGAUCGAGGCCUUAUUACCAUCAACUGCGCAACGAGAUUCGAUGCCGAAGGCAUACAGAGAGAUCAUCCAGAAUUGUUUGAGCCUCUCCCCCGAAGACGUGGUAUGUGCAGCAAUAAUCCUCAUCUAUUCGAUUUUGUCAUUAUGCUUGGAGGAGAUGGCGAUGUUCUUUUCACCUCGUGGCUCUUCCAGCGAAUUGUUCCUCCCGUCCUCCCUUUCGCACUCGUUUCCCUUGGCUUUCUCACUAAUUUCGACUUCUCUGACUAUCAAGCGGUUGUAGACUCAGCCAUCAACUCAGGUAUUCGUGUCAACCUAUGCAUGCGAUUUAUAUGUACGGUCUACCGUGCCGUGUUUGACAAGGGUGAAACAGGCGAAAUCAUGAUGAAGGACGUAAAUAAAGGAGGAUGGGAGGCGCUCGAAGGGGGCUGGUCUGGCAGACCGGUUGAGACGUUUGAGGUUCUCAAUGAUCUUGUGAUGGACCGGGGACCCAGUCCCUAUGUUAUGAAUUAUUCGGUAUGCGACGAACACCAUAUGACAACUGUGCAAGCUGAUGGGCUUUUUGUAGCUACGCCCACCGGUUCCACUGCUUAUUCAUUAUCUGCCGGAGGGUCCUUGGUUCACUCCGAGAUACCUGCAAUCCUCAUCAAUCCCAUUUACCCUCACACGCUAUCCUUCCGCCCCAUGCUUCUUCCCGAUAGUAUGGAACUCCGCAUAUGUGACCCAUGUAAUUCUCGCAGAACAGCUUGGGUGUCUUUCGACGGCCGAGGCCGUGUGGAACUGCAACAGGGUGAUCAUAUCAAAAUAACUGCUUCCAAAUACCCUUUCCCGACUGUUUGCGUGGACAAACAGUUAACUGACUGGUUCCAUGCCAUCUCACGAACCUUGAAAUGGAAUGGGCGCGAGCGUCAAAAAUCGUUUGUCGUAGUCGAAGAGGGCCCAUCACGGAAAUCCAGCACGAGCAAAACGAGGAGUCCUAUAUUAUACUAG